GACGACGCCAGGUGGCUUUCACCUGAGUAUUCAAUUCGCAAUCGCUUCUAGGUGGUUCCAGUUCACGACGGGCUUUGCCAAGAGCCCAUCAAGUACCUCAGCAUCUAUGACCUCCAUUGCCAGCACAAUAUUCGGUAUAGUGAGCUUCUCUCUAAGCACAAGAUGUUCGUCCGACCGAUCGGCCGCCGUGGAGACCGCGGAAACCGUGGACUCUCCGGCACCUGACGGCUCUAGCUCCGGACCCUCGGCCGCAAUACUGGGGUUCGUGACUCCGUUGCCCCGGACGGUUGCGAUCCUCAUUUCCAAGUGCAAUCACCUUUAUUGCCCACCCGAAUCAUCCGAAUGGAGAGUUCUAGGUAUAGCUACACGAACGUUGAGGAGUUGUCUUGGACCAAGAAAUGCUCUGCAGGCCAGGGAGAGGAGACAUUGGUUCCACAACCCCUGUCGCUUCAAGCGGGGGACCUCCGUCGUACUCACCGAUGACUGCUUACAGUUCAGUUCAAAUAGAUCAAACAGUCAAUGGCAUCAGAGACAUGGGUUUUGAUCCUUCGAUUGCUUACCCUCCAGUUUCCUUAUAUGAUGUUCCUCUCACUUCUAUACGUUUAUCCCAUGAUUCUGUGAUCGGGUCGCUGA